AUGUUUUCUACCCUUAACAAACUUUUUCAUCCACCACAAUUCACAUUCUACCUUAAUAUUCACUUUUCGAUAAGAACUAAGAGAGAUAAGCCUUCUGAAGACAGACUAAAACAUAAAGCUUCUUUCUCGUCAAGGAAAUUAUUUCAUAAACAAAUUAAUGCUUUAUUUAAAGCUUGGAUAGAAAAAGCUAAUAAAAUUUGA